AUGACUCUUCCACCAUCACCUCCUCCUAACACCUAUCCAUACACCCCGACACCAUCUUUCGUCCCGGUUCACCCGCGCCCAUGGCUACCUCUCCUGCCUCACCCGAUCCUCGCCUUGAAAUCAACAGCAUACCCACAACUUCCUUCACCACUGCGCAAUCCAACUUUCACGGAUGACUUCACCCUUACCACCCACAUCGUUCCGGGUGCAUACCCGCGCGUCUCCCCCGAUAUCCCGCUUCCGACCUCACCACUUUUCACGGGAAACUCGGCGGAGCGCAAGGCGCGUGUAAAGGAGCUCGCGAUGGAGAUGAUAAACUUGCAGGCGAGGCACGAGCGUGGAGAGCGAGUUGCGCUGGGUACGCAGGGCGAGAGUGAUGUCGUGUGGUGUGUGAUCAAUCGGUUCAGGAGGAAGAGGCUGGUGAGGAGAGGGAAGGAGGGCAAGAGUCUGACCUUGUUCUUGGCGCAUGCGAACGGCUUCCCGAAGGAGACAUGGGAGGUUGCGCUACGUGCAUUACUGACGAGCCCAGCUGGAGAGCUCGUCGAUGAGGUAUGGGCGUGGGAGGCAGCGCAGCAUGGAGACUCGGGUCUGCUCAAUGACGGAGUCCUCGGUGGACUGUUCGACUGGGCGGACAAUGCUCGUGAUAUGGCACAGUUCUUCCUGUCGUAUCUCCCAGAAAGCGCAGACGCGGAACUCCCGACACACCUUCCACGUCUGAGCGAAUGGGCCACUAGGUUCCGUAAAGAGUCAGGAUUAUCAAGGCGUACUCUUGUCGUUGCCGGGCACUCGUUCGGAGGUGCCACAUCCACACUUGUCGCCAAGGAGUUCCCUGCCCUGUUCGACGCUCUGAUCCUCAUCGAUCCUGUCAUCAUCCAGAAUACCAAAUUCAACCCCGUGUUCAACACGGGCACUGUUACGGGUGCCAUUUCGCGCCGUACCAACUGGCCAACUCGGUAUCUUUCCCUCUUCAAGUUCUUUCACCCCGACGUCCUCGCCGCCUACGUAGAGCACGGAACAGCCCCUUCAGCAAAGGAAGGCGGCGUAAGCCUCAAGAUGUCGAGCAUGCACGAAGCCGUGCUCUUUCUCAAUGUGCGUGUCGCCGCCGAGGCAUGGGAGCAGCUCCGCGAGCUAGAUGAGCGCAUUGAGCUGAGAUUCGUCGCGCCGGACAAGGACAGGGGCGAGGUGACCUCGAACGGGUUGGGUGGGCCCGAGGCCUUUGCGGUGCGAGCGUGGCUUCGGCCGGCGAAUAGCUCGAAUACUGAUAUCAAGGGCGCGGGGCACCUCAUCGUCCAAGAACGGCCACGGGAGCUUGGUGAGCCGUUACUGUAA